AAGCGGGAAGACUGGUGGCGAGGCGGGAGACAGCUGGGCGAGAUGGCUCUGCAGCUGGGGCCAGACGAGCUACUGCACGUAUUUUCCUUCCUGGAGGCCCGAGACCUGCUGUGCGCCGCACAGGUGAACAAGGUCUGGAACGAAGUUUCACAGACCAAGGAACUCUGGAGGCAUCUGUGUGUGAGUCGCUGGUCCUCCUGCAAAGCCUCCCGGAUGGUCCUGGGCACACAAACAUGGAAACAGUAUUAUCUCUGCCGGUCUGAGCUGGAGUUCCGAGUGGCAUCUGGGCGGCCUGGGAAGGACUUCAUCUGCAAAGCGAUUGCUGGGCACACAGGAUACAUAGAGCGACUGGCCUACAUUUCAACCAAUGAGUACCGGUUUGAUGGAGGAGAGAAGUCUGUGAUUUGCACUGUGUCCUCAGACUGUACUGUGCGUGCCUGGGAUUUGCAGGAGGGCACAGAGAUCUGGUCCAGCCCUCAGCAGCCUGUUCCUCUGAAAAAUUUGGUGACUUACCCUCAGCUGAAACUGGUUGUCACCAUAGACACCAAAGGAUUGAUCAAAAUGUGGAAAGCAGAAACUGGAUGGGAAUUGGCCUCCUUCUGCUUGCCAACCUCCUCUUCUGCAAUGGAGCCCUGUGACCAUCCAGAGGGCCUCUUCCUGCUGGCAGCCUGUGUUAAUGGGAUCCUUUACACCCUGAGCGUGCCGCAGCUGCAGGUGGUCUCCACGGUAGUCGUGUUUUCUAACACCUUCGGAAGUCUCCUCUGCUCACCUGACCAGCAGUGGGUGUUCGUGUCUGCACAGGACUCGGGUGUGCGCCCAAAGGUGUUCUACACUCAGUCCUUGCUGUGCCCAUCAGAAGAUGAGCCUCCUGUCUCCACUACCCUCCCUCUCUGGAUGUGUUCCCAAGCCUGCUGGGCACCUGAUGAAGCGGCUAGGCUGAUUGUGGUGCACAAAAAUGAAGAUGAUGACAUGCAGUUGGUUGUUACUACCUUUGAGUUAAGGAGCAAGAAGUCAUCCAAGCACAGAGUGGACAUCCUGGUACAACAGGUGGCCAGUUUCUUGCCGGACACCUUGAUGUCACCUCACCUCAUGCAGGGCUACGGCUCUCAGGUGAUCCUGCUGACUUCUGGGUUGGAGCUGAUGCUGUUCACCAUCCAUGGCCUGCAGCUGGUCGCCUUCCAGGACCACCAGAAGCCCAUCACGUCCAUGAGGGUGGUGAGUGCACACCCACCCUGCCCAUGGCAUACUCCGCCUCCUGGGGGCCACAUCCACACCUCACUUGACUUCAUUUCAAGGACCUCGACCGAGUCAUCACCUCCUCCAUGGACCUCUCCUUGUGUGUCUACGUGUGGAAUAAGGAAAAUAAAUUCCCAGUUCUCAAGAGCUGCUAUCACUUGCUUGGAGGAUCCCACAAAUGGGCCAGUGGGUUUACCCAUGUGGAAAGUGACAGCACAAAUAUUGUUGGCGUGGAAGCCAGAAGCAAUGGAACAAGCAUUCUGAGGUCAUAUUGCUUCAAAAUUCAGCAUGGCUAAAGAUCACCCCAGUUGGAGAUACUUUUACUUUGGUAGAGCUUGUAUACAUACAAAGACUAAAUUGACUGUGACCAGCAUUGGGAAAGGAAUGAAUAGUUCUCAGAUGGCCACUCUGUAACAGGCACACCGUGUUCUAUAACUUUGCUUAAACCCUCACAAGCCAGUGAAGUAGAGAUAUUGUUAUCUAUUCUUAAAACAAGGAAAAUAAAAUUUAAAAGAGUAAUUAGUCAUUAUUAGCCUACUUUUCAACUGCUAAGCAAUCUGCCCAAGAUUUUUCAGAUCGUAGGUAGCAGUCAAGUUGAAUAUAAGUCUGAGGAGACUAGAAAGCCCAUGCUUAAGGCAGUAAAAUUAUAACGUAAUUAUUUUCUGUUAUGGUUUAUGUUUAGAUGUCUCCCAAAAGCUUCAUGCUUUCAUAGAUGGGGCUUUUAACAGGUGAUUGAAUCACAGGGUUCUAUAUCUACAUGUGAUGUUAGGAAGGGGCCUGAUUGGAAGAAAGGUCGCUGGGGGCUUGAUCUGGCAAGGAUGUCUGCCUCCCAGGUUCCUUUGUUUGUUCACUGCUUCCGAGUUGCCAUGAGGUGAGUAGCUUUUCCUCCAUUGUCCCCUUCUGCCUUUUCAUUCUUCCCUGGGGCCAGCUGACCAUGGACUGUAACCUUGAGCCAAAAUGAACCUCUCCUUCUUUAAGUUGCAUGGGUCAGGUAUUUUGUCUGAAUGACAAAGUAAGUGAUUAAGACAUUUUUGUUAUUCAAACAUGCAAUUAAAUAAAGAUCAUAUUAUUUAGUUCUUGCUGUCCAAUAGAUAAAUUUUGUGCUGCCAUUUUGCAUGGCUCUGUAACUGCCAUCUUUUAUUUUAUAUUGUUGGUUCCCCCUGUAAUGAGUCACUAAGAAAGGCUGAAUCAGGAAACAUAUCACUCAAGAGUUCGUAAUUGCAAGCAAUAAGCGUUGACACUGACUAAAACUAAAAAGGGGAUUUAUUGGAAUGAAAGAUCGGCAUUACUUAAUACUCUUCUGGGCUUAGCAAGAAGUUGCAAGUCACAGUAAAGUUAUAGGUACAUGAAUCUGUAAUGGAGAAUAUUAUAUAAUCUAUUUGUAGAAAAUUGUGUUAAAUAUUUAUUUCAGUAAAAUUAAUAAUCAUGUUGAUAAUGACUACCCAUCUCCCCCAAUAGAAUCAACAGGUAAACAUUUAUUUACCCAUACACUACUGGAUGGUACUGUUUUGUAACACAAAGAACUAUAGGGUGAUUUAUGAUUAAAAACUUGAGAAGUCUUGCAGUAGUUCCAGUUGCUAAGGAGGCUGAGGCAGGAGCAUGACUUUUUUUUGGUACCAGGGACCGGAUUCAUGUCCUCACACUCGCCAGGCAGGCACUUAUGCUGCUGAGCUAAAUCCCCAGCCCAGGAGCAUGACUUUUUGAGCCCAUGAGUUAAAGACCAGCCUGGCAAUAUAAUGAUGUUAGAUCCGACAAGUAACUUAUGCAGUGCUUUGGAUCCUUAGAUUUUUUUAUUGUUUAACUUUUCUGAAUUUAGGUAUCUUCAUGAAUGAUUCUGACAGGACUUCUAGUAAGACUCAUCUGGCUUGGAAUGACUUCAUAAACUUUUUUUGGCAGCACUGGAGAUUGAACCCAUGGGUGCUCUACCCCUGGGUUACAUCCCUAAUUCCAUUCUUUCAUUUGCAGACAGAAUUCCACUAAGUUGCUCAGGCUGGCCUCAAAUAUACAGUCCUCCUGCAUUAGACUCUUUAGUAGCUGAAAUUACAGGCAGCUCAGCUGAGCCCAGCAAUAAUGAUAAACAUUGAUUAAGAAUUUUAGGAUGUAUUAUAGACAGAUUUAUGGCUUAAUAAUUUCAUUAAGUCAUUAAAGCAACUCUGAGAUGGGUACUGUUGUUUUCUCUGAUAGCACUGCUCUAAGGCCUGCUGUGAGCCUCCAGGGUAGAGCCAGCUCCCUGGAAUCCCAGAAAUGAUUAUUCUGAGAAACAGAAAAAUGAGAAGCAAAGUUUUCUAUUCUGAGAAAUAGAAAAAUGAGAACAAAGUUGACCUCCCACUCUAACUGUAACACCACUCCAAAAUUAUAGUCAAGAUUUAGCAUGUCAGGCUCUGCAGAAUAAUUGGCUUGAGGAGGUGUGUGUGGCUGGGACUUGGGGAAGCCUGAUGAGAAUCUGAGUGAGUGUGGGGCUAAGGAAUACUUACCUAACAAGCUCCUUAGAUUUGUUAGCAUUAUUCUGCGUAUUUUUGCAUUGCCUAGAAAUGAACACUUUUAACUAUUUUGGAAUAUGCUUUCUGUUUUACUUGUCGCUGGGACAAAAUACCCAGUACCACAACUUAAAGGAGGAGAAGUUUACUUUAGCUCAAAACAGUUUAUUAGGUUUCAGUCUAUGGUUGCCUGGCUGCAUGUCAGGGCAGCAUACAGAAGGGCAUUGCAGAGGAGAAACAGCCCAUGGCAGGGCAGGCAGGCUGCGGCAGCAGCAGCGAGCUGUCUUCUUUCUUUCCCUUUAUAUUCCAUCCAGGCUACAAACCUAUUGAUUGGUGCCACCCACACCCAAAGUGGGCCUUCCUACUAUCCAUACCCAGAACUGCUAGACCAGUCCAGUAAGAUAUGCCCUUGAUGCAUUCACCUCCCAAACGUCCCACCUAUGAGUGGGUGAGGCUUUGAGGAGACAUUUAGAUAGAAGCCAUAACACUUCCUCUUCUAACUAAUUUCCUAUUGUAUCAUUUCCUUCAGACUUACAUGUGGUUAAGUUUACAUCCUUAUCAACAUACAACUCCAAGAGAAAAAUUAUGUGGAGUAUAGAGUUCCCCUCUACCCCACAGUCAGUGUCUGUAUUCAACCUGUUAUUCUAAUGUGUAUGGCUGUUUGGGUGGUGCCAGCUUGAUUGAUUUGGUUUGGGAGGCCCAGGAGAUUGGCAGAGCACAUUUUCAGGUGUGUCUGGUGGGUCGUGGAGAUGUGGUCUGGUCUGUCUGGGGUCUCACUCCUUCCUCUGGGGUGCAUCGUUCCCCUGCUCUGCCUAGCUGCUGCCAGGCCCUAGCUCUGCCGAGCUCUCCUGCCCUUGUGUUUCUGCCUUGGAGACAACUGGCCACAGACACAUUACCUUAAAUCAGGAGCUGAAUUAAAUCUUUUUUAAAGUUAUGGACGUCAGAUAUUGUGUUUCAGCAUUGCUAAAGAAUACUUCCUCCACCAUCUGCCUUUUUUGGUAGUAGUUCAACUGUUUAAUCAUAGAUACGACAUUACUCUUAAGUAUAAGGUGAAUAAAGGGAGUUUAGAAUUCCUUAGGCUUUUCUUAACUGUGACAUUUUUUUCACAACUUCCUUGUUUUUUCUGACCUUGAAAGUUUUGAGUAGGGCUUUUGUAGCAUGUCCCUUAAUGUUUAAUUUUUCUGGGGUUUUCUUUCCUGGUUAGGUAGAGACUGUAAGAUGUGGGAAAGAAGACACACAUCCCUGGUACAGACCAUUCAGGUGACUCCUCUUCACCACCUGGCUGAGGUCCCCUUUCUUAGGUUUCUCUCCUGCAGUGAUGGCGAACCUGUUAGAGCUGUCAGUAGAAACACAUAGCCUGCUGCAGCACGCGUGCCAUAGGUUCGCCACCACUGCUACUGCCCUUCCCUUGUUCUCCCUUCCUUCCUCCCUCCUUUUCUUUUCCCUUCCCCUUUCACUUUCUCUUUCUCUUUUUUCCCUCUCUCUUUCACUUUCUGUGUUUCUCCAUCUCUCUUUGUCUCUUCCCUGACUCUUUUUUUCCUUUUUGUUGCUGGGAAUACAACUCAAGGCCCUGCACAUGCCAGCACGCCUGCAAGCUACAUUGUCAUCCUAAUAUAUUUUUCACUCCUUUCUGUACUGUACACUUGAAACUAAUAUGGUGUGUUGAGGCAUACUUCAGAAAUAGUGUGAUGUGUUCUGCCUUCUGAGUGUGAAAUCUGCAUGAAUUGUCUGGAAUUCUCCUGCACAGGAUGCUUUCUACUGUUAUCCAUAUAUUCUUUUAUUAAACCAUUUAUUUAUAUUGGUAUGAA